GACUCGAGUGUCCAACGAGUGUCGACUUUCCUAUCCUAUCCCUCCCUACCUAUUCUGAAUUUCCACUUCUUUGUAAGUAAUGGCAAGUUAUAAGGUGUUUUCGUGCUCUUAAAGUCUUAAAUAGGAAUUCGCGAAAAUCACACUUAAGUGACCUAUACUAUGACGCUUUCAAUUUUCUUAAAUAAAAAAGUGAAAACAAAUUAAGUCAGUUCGAAAUUAACAAUAGUACUCUUUCUAUAAUAUUUUUUAGUGUUUGUAUUUUAACGUUGAAUAAAAAUGAACUGCUGGAUUUUUAUUGUGUUAACUUUCUAUUUUUCCGCUAUUCUAAUUAGUUCUGCAGUUGUACCCAAUAACGAUGAUAUUGACAAACAAGGAUUGUAUAGUAACUCAGACCGUGUAGUUAUAUUGACAAAUAAAAAUUUCGACAAAAAAAUAUAUGGGCAAAGAAAUGCUUUUUUAGUUCAGUUUUACAACAGUUAUUGCGGUCACUGUAGAGCAUUUGCGCCAAAGUUUAAAAGCUUAGCAGCUGAAUUGGAACCAUGGAAAAGUAUAAUAAAACUUGCUGUUCUGGAUUGUUCUGUAGAAGAAAAUAAUGAAAUAUGUCGUCAAUUUGAAGUUAUGGCUUACCCUACCUUACGAUAUUUACACGAAAACUAUGUGAAAAGCAAUGCAAAUGUUGGUGAUAAAUUACAAGCAAUAGACAGUGUAGAAAUAUUAAAAACUCAAUUAAUUCACAAAAUUCAAAAUGAACAAUCAAUGGGACGACUGGCAUUUGCUCCAUCUCUUAAAAUUGCAUCAUAUAAAGAUGUUAACUCAGUUAUAAGCCCACUAUCCAAAAGUGUGUUUUAUACUUUUUUAAUAUUUGAAAAUGCAAACUCAACUAUUGGAUCUGAAUUGGCAUUUGAUAUCAACGAUUAUGAACAUAUUAUACUGAAGCGAGUUUAUGAUACAAGUGAAUUAAGUGACAUUGCAGGAGUAACACAUUUUCCAGGUCUUGUUGCUGUUGGACCCAACUUGGAGACUACACUAUUAACACCAAAAGUUCCAACCAAACAAAAUUUACUUAAAGCCUUAAAUUCGUUUUUGAGAUCUAAAAAUUAUGAAUUACCCUUACGGAAUACUGGAAUUGUAGACAAUAUGAAUAAUUUGAAUAAUGUAAAACCUCAAUCCUUUUAUUCAGAUGCUGUUUACUACAGUGAUCUAGAAAAAACUUUAAAAACAAGCUUACACACUGAAAUCACAAGACAUAAAACUUUAAGUGAUGAAGCACUUUUGGCACUAUUGGAAUAUUUAGAUGUACUUAUUCUAGCAUUUCCUUCCAGAGAAAACCUCAAAGACUAUCUCAAAGAUUUACGUCAGAGCCUUGGUAGUCGAAACCAAUGGAGUGGAAGUGAGGUGUAUGAUUUAGUUAAAGGACUUGAGACAAACCAUUCACCUGUAUUUACAUCAAACAUUGAUUACAUAAGAUGUAAAGGUAGUGAGCCAAAGUACCGAGGAUAUACUUGUGGUCUAUGGACCUUAUUUCAUACUUUAACUGUAAAUGCAGCGCAGCUACCAGGCAAUGUAGGCCCAAAGGUGCUGAAAGCCAUGCAUGGUUACAUAAAACAUUUCUUUGGUUGUACUAAUUGUUCGGAACACUUCCAAGAAAUGGCUGCAAGAAAUAGAAUUUUCGAUGUUAAAGAAAAUGAUAAAGCUAUACUUUGGUUGUGGAUUUCACAUAACGAAGUUAACUUAAGACUAGCCGGUGAUGUAACUGAGGAUCCAGAGCAUCCUAAAAUUCAGUUUCCCAGUGUUACCCAGUGUCCUGAAUGCAGACUUGCUCGAGGUGCUUGGAAUUUACCUGCAGUGUAUGAUUAUCUUCAGAAAAUAUAUGGGAACAUUAUAACUCAAGAUACAAGAUCAGCUGCGGCUCCAAGUCCAAUCUCCAACCUAGACAUUGGAUUGAUAAGCCUCUUUUUGAUUCAUCGCAUCUGGAGAGAAUUGCAACUUAUUAACUAGGCAAAAAAGGUACAUGACCACCUGACUAUUUUAACUUCUAAGAUGCUGAUCAACCCCUAUAGAAAAGGGGGAGAAGCCAUAUUAUGUAAUAUUUAACAAAUAUCCGUAUUUAUAAAAGCGAAUCUCAUAAUAUGGUACAAAUACGUAGACUAUAACUGAUAUCUAUCUAUUGUAAGGCAUUCGACGUUACAUUUAAUGACCGUCGUAGUGACAAUGUUUAGCCGACUUUAUUAUCUGCUUCUAAGUGUUAUUUUAAUAAAAGUGUACUACUUUUAA